CACUACCGCCCUAACCGCUACGAGGAUGGCUUCCAGCUUCAAGAAGCCAAAUGUGGCCUCAGUCAGCCAGAAGAAGAAAGUGGGCCCUAAGCCAGAACUCACUGAAGAGCAAAAGCAAGAAGUGCGGGAAGCUUUUGACCUCUUCGACGCGGACGGCAGUGGGACCAUCGACGUGAAGGAGCUGAAAGUGGCCAUGCGGGCGCUGGGCUUCGAGCCCAGGAAGGAGGAGAUGAAGCGAAUGAUCGCCGAGGUGGACAAGGAGGGCACGGGCAAGAUCAGCUUCAACGACUUCCUGGCUGUGAUGACCCAGAAGAUGGCCGAGAAGGACACCAAAGAAGAAAUCCUUAAGGCCUUCCGACUCUUUGAUGAUGACGAGACCGGGAAGAUCUCCUUCAAAAACCUCAAGCGCGUGGCCAACGAGCUGGGGGAGAGCCUGACUGACGAGGAGCUGCAGGAGAUGAUCGACGAGGCGGACCGCGACGGCGACGGCGAGGUGAGCGAGGAGGAGUUCCUGCGCGUCAUGAAGAAGACCAGCCUCUACUGACCGCGGCCGCCGCCCGGCCGGGCACUCCUGCCAUCGACCCCCUCCUGCCCCUCUGAUUUAUCUCGAUUGAUUUCCAGACCUCUAGAUCAAUUAUAGAG